GAGAGAUGUCAGGGAGUUACAAACAGAGCAAGAGACAGAGACGGACGGAGAAAGGGAGGACGUGACGAGAGAGAAGAAAAGAAAGGAGAAGGAACAGAGAGGACAGGAAGAAGCUGAGAGUUUGUUACUUGAAUAUUUCUUGCACCACUGGAACUCCUGGACUACUGAGAUUUACUCUGACACACUGCAGGACCCUGCAUGUGCAUGCUCUCAUUGCUGGAGACUUAGCAUUGCCCUGUCUGUACGUCUGCUGCACGUGUAGUUUUUGGUAGCUGCAGAUAAUAGGAUCGGCGUGUUUGUACAUACAUGCAAGACAUAGUCAGAGGAUGGGAGCCCUUCGCCUCUGUCUUGCUCUCUUCUUCCUCUUCUCUUCUCCUGUGCAAGCCCAGUGGUGGCAUUUCGCGUGGCUGAGCCCUAAAACCAGCACCAGAUCUCCUCCUACCUCCAUUCCUCCCUCCAUCACUGCUCCAUCCAUCACCUCCUUGGGCCUUUCUGACACCCCAGGGACAACACAGUGGGUGACAGAGAAAGCUCUAGAGGGUAGCACUCAGAUAGAGGGGUCUGUGCUGGCUCCUACACCCAGCCCAGGAGUGUCAAUUUUUGGCCACAGCACUGCAGAACCCGGGACGUUACGUCCAGAGGAGAACGCAGCUGGAGAUGGCAAAGCCAAGGCCCAGUACAAACCACUAAAACACUGGAAGAGUGAGCGAGGCUCGGGAGGUCAUCUGGACCUGAUGGAGUUAAUCGGCGUUCCCCUCCCACCCUCUGUCUCAUUCACUCCUGGCUAUGAGGGUUUACCAGCCUACAACUUCGGGCCCGAAGCCAACAUCGGACGGCUCACCAAGGCCUUUGUGCCAGGGUCAUUCUACAGGGACUUUGCCAUCAUUGUCACGGUGCGUCCAGCCAGUCAGAAAGGAGGCGUGCUGUUCGCCAUCACAGAUGCCCUUCAGAAGGUGGUGAAGCUGGGUUUGGCUCUCACUCCGGUGCGUGGUGGCCUCCAGAGCAUCUUACUGUACUACACUGACAAAGAGCAGGCGUCCCACAGCCACAAAGCUGCUUCCUUCAGUGUCCCAGAUAUGACCGACCAGUGGACGCGAUUCACGGUGGUGGUGGAGCAUGAUGAGGUGCGUCUCUACAUGGACUGUGGAGACGCCGAGAGGGCUACUUUCCAUAGGAAACCAGAAAGACUUACCUUCCAACACAAUUCAGGCAUUUUCGUAGCUAACGCAGGAAGCACGGGGCUUGACGUGUUUGUGGGAUCCAUUCAACAGCUGGUGAUAAAAGAUGAUCCGAGAGCAGCUGAGGAGCAAUGUGAAGAUGAUGAUCCUUAUGCCUCGGGAUACACCAGCGGAGAUGAUGCUCUGGAUGACAGAGAGACAGAGGAGGAAGUGAUGAAGAACACUCAUGAAAGAAAACAUGGCACAGCAUAUGAGGAGGAGGAGGAGGACAGUGUUCCAGCCAGAGCUCCACCCACUGAGGCUCCCGAGGUGGAGCUUGAUGAGUACUCUAGUCACCUGACCCCAACACAGGCCAGAGAAGACGCACAGAUGAGAGAGCCACACAGGGCAGAGGAGCCAGGGGAGAGAGAAGGUCAGGUCAGGCCUGGGUUAAAAGGAGAGCGUGGAGAUCCUGGACCCAGAGGGCCACCUGGCCCACCCGGUCGCCCAGGCCCCACCCCUCUACCUGGGCAAGCUCAGCCUGGACCAAGAGGGACAAAAGGACCACCAGGAUCCCCUGGUUCCCCAGGGCUGCCAGGGAGAGAUGGACAGCAGGGAAGCAAGGGUGAGAAAGGAGAUCCAGGUGUACAAGGACCUCAGGGAUUUCCAGGUUUGGAUGGAGAAGCUGGAAUUAAAGGAGAGAAGGGAGAACCAGGAGUUGGUCAACCAGGCCCUCCCGGCCUUCCUGGGCCUCCUGGACCCCCCAGAUCACGCAGUGUACCGUAUGGAGCAGAUGCUCUUGGUUCUGGGUUUGAGGACCUGGACAGUGACACUGAACUUAUCAGGGGUCAUCCUGGUCCACCAGGGCCUCCAGGACCUCCUGGUCCCCCUGGACCCAUUUCAUCAUCUGACACUGCUGAAGGCCCCUCUUCAGGCCAUGCUGGACCACCUGGUGCCUCUGGCAGAGACGGGAUCCCAGGCCAACCUGGAGUACCAGGUCCAGCAGGAAGAGAUGGAGCUCCAGGUCUACCGGGACCUAUGGGAAAGAAGGGUGACCAAGGGCUACCUGGGCCACCUGGACCAAAGGGUGAUUGUGGGUUUGUAGGUACAGAAGGUUCCUCUGGGCCUCCAGGGCCAAAUGGUCCACCAGGGAAGAGAGGCCCACCAGGUCCCCCAGGACCCCCUGGUCCCUCUGGACCUCCAGGAACCAAAUUCUUUGUAGAGGAUAUGGAGGGAUCUGGGAAGAGUGACAUGCUGAUUGGAGCUGGAGCCAGGGGCCCACAGGGCCCCCCUGGCCUACCUGGCCCACAAGGACCUAAGGGUGAGGAUGGAGCCACAGGUGCUCCAGGGCUCUCAGUGAAGGGUGAGCCAGGGGACCCAGGACCAACUGGUCUUCAAGGUCCCGCUGGACUGCCUGGUGCUAGGGGUGCCAAAGGGGAAAAAGGAGACACAGGACCCAAGGGUGAUAGAGGUGUUGAUGGACUCAGUAUCCCAGGACCACCUGGGCUUCCUGGACCCCCUGGACCUAUCUUGAAUUUGUCAGAUCUGCUGCUCCUCAAUGUUACAGAUGGGAUCUUCAACUUCACAGAGAUCAGAGGACCACCAGGGCCCAUGGGCCCUGAAGGCUUGCCUGGCAGAGCUGGAUUUCCUGGCCCCAGGGGACCAAAGGGAGACAUUGGCCCUCAGGGUCCCCAAGGGCCAUUAGGGUUGAAGGGAGAGAAGGGAGAGCCAGGGGUGACCAUUGCUGCUGACGGAUCCCUCUUAUCAGCACCAAAAGGCCCCAUGGGGCCCAAAGGCAACAAGGGUGACCGUGGGUUCCCUGGACCUGCCGGACGGAUGGGCCCAGUAGGACCACCUGGACAAAAAGGAGAGUAUGGCUUCCCCGGUCGUCCAGGACGAUCAGGUAUGCCUGGGAGGAAAGGUGACAGAGGAGAUUCUGUUGGCCUACCGGGACCUCCAGGUCCUCCAGGCCCACCUGGACUUCCAGGAAGAAUUACUGGGCUGAAAGGAACAGUGUUUCCGGUGCGCCCCAGACCGCACUGCAAAAACGGAAGAGAAUCAGUGACAGGGGGAGAUGUAGUUGGACCUAAAGGAGAAAAAGGAGAUAUGGGAUUUCCUGGAGAGCCAGGCACACCUUCACCUGCAUUUCCAGAUGGAAUUGUGGGUGCUAGAGGUGAUCAGGGAUACCCAGGUCAGAAGGGAGAAAAGGGUGACGAAGGUCUGCCUGGUCCUCCAGGACUGCCUGGGAGGUCAGGACUUGUGGGUCCAAAGGGUGAAUCCAUCGUGGGUCCCCCAGGACCUGUUGGUUCUCCGGGCCAGCCUGGAGCCCCUGGGUUCGGACGACCUGGUCCCCGAGGGCCCCCUGGCCCUGCUGGACCACCAGGAACUGCACCUGCAUAUGGAUCAGAUGUCAACAUCCCCGGCCCUCCUGGUCCUCCCGGCCCACCAGGAUCUCCAGGAUAUGCCAACCCGGUGUCUACCUACAAGACGAGCCACGCUCUGAGCAGAGAGACUCACCGUGCAGCAGAGGGAACCUUGGCCUACGUGUCUGAGAAGGGAGGAGAGCUGUACAUCAGAGCACGCAAUGGCUGGCGCAAGAUCCAGCUCGGAGAGUUGAUUCUUUCCGGACCUUCUGCCUCAGCUGCGUCUCAGUCCCUCAGCAGACCUGGAGAAUGGAGCAGACCCCACAGAAUCCACAGCCAGGAGCUGCAAGAGGGCAGUAGAGGAUAUCAGCCCAGCUAUAAUGUCCUACCACAGACGUUCAAUGCUGUACCUGGGCUCCAUCUGGUAGCACUGAACGCCCCGCUGAAAGGGGACAUGCGUGGCAUCCGCGGGGCAGACUUCCAGUGCUAUCAGCAGGCUCGCUCUAUGGGGCUAACAGCCACCUACAGGGCCUUCCUGUCCUCACACCUCCAGGACCUGGCAACCAUUGUGAGGAAGGCGGACCGCACAGACAUGCCCGUGGUUAACCUCAGGGGUGAAGUGUUGUUCAAUAGCUGGAUGUCCAUCUUCUCUGGAAAUGGAGGCACAUUUAACCCAUCCACACCCAUCUACUCCUUUGAUGGACGCAACGUGAUGACUGACUCAGCAUGGCCAGAGAAGCUGGUAUGGCACGGCUCCAAUACAGUGGGAAUCCGUCUGACCACCAACUACUGCGAGGCAUGGAGGACGGCUGACAUGGCGGUGACGGGCCAGGCUGCGCUGCUGCAGACAGGACGUCUGUUAGGACAACACACCCGCUCCUGCUCCAACCACUACAUAGUGCUGUGUAUAGAGAACACAUAUGUGGGGAACACACAUCAAAAGAGGACCUGAGGAGACAGAGGAAACACACACGCACUCUCACAUAAACACACAUGCAGGCAUGCUGAAAGUGCAGAGUAGAAAAUGUGACACACUGCACGAAAAAUUUGAAUUUGAACACAUGCGGGCACAUACACACAUCAUGAUGACAUAUCACUGCAUAGAAAUUACAUUCAAGUAUACAGACAAAGGGCACUUUUGUUCAUACAUGCUGAUAAAAUACACACGUUAACAUGCAGAAGCAAGUGUGUCCACUAAGAAAAAUGAACACAUGCAACACACAUUUGAGUUCCUUUCACUUUGUAUAGUUUAAUCUUUAGCUCCAAUGUGUAACCCAACACUUCAUAAUGUUGCCACGCAUCCGUCCCAGUCUAGAUUUGAAUUAUUUAUGUUCAUAAUGGACAUGUAACAGAGCAGCAUCAUUACACAGGACAUUUACAGUAUGGGUUGUUGAAGUGAAAAACGACACCAGCUGAUCUGAGUAGAACUGAAUAACUUUACAGACAAACAAAUCAAUUGUACUUUACCUUAUUGCUGAUAAAUUCAAAUGUAUGUCAUAGUUUUAUUUUUUUCCCUUCAGUUCCAUGCAGCCAUUGGUUUCCAUCCAUUUCCCUACAGUAUCAAGUCUGCAUUAUGUUUUUUCAGCAUGUUACUGUUGCACAGUGUAUAUUGGUUUUACAAGUGCAUGACUUUAAUAGCAUUACCUCACAACAAUAACAUAUUCUGACAAAAGUAAUGUAGACUCGAUGUUUACUGUGAUGGAUUCAACACCUGAAACAAUUCUGCCAAAUUAUUUUCAUAAAAACAGUUCGCUGUGAUGUAAAAUAUAGAGGGCGAUUUAUGAUUUGUAGUAACUAGGUUAAAACUUGCAAAAUCAUUAGUAUGGAUCCAUGUUCAAUUUCCUCUGCAGGGAAACAGCUUAUUGUAGUCUUUACCAAUACUGUUAUGGAUUCUUGUGAUUUUAUUGUCUUCUAUGAAACAGAGUUUUGGGUAAACGUCAUCCUUUUACAAAUUUCAACCUCAUUUCUGAACAUGACAGUGUUGUAGUUUAGACCCAAAUGUUGUGUAUCAAAGCUACAAUAGUUGUAGUGAAGAGACAGGCUGUAUUUUAACUGUAGAACAGACUUUCAGGCUAUACAGGAAAUAAAAUAAUCAGAUGUGAGUCAUUCAGGAUGAUGAUUUCUAGUUAAUAAGGCGGACAACAUUCUGUAUUACUGUUAUUGUCAACAAAAUUAUUAAAACUAAGAAUGUGUUAGUCCAUCUUUUAGUAUUUGGUACCCAGCCCCUAGAUUGGUUACUAAUACGAUCUUUAAAAACAGGUCACAAAUAUAUAUAUACUUUACAAAUAUAUAAUAUGAAAUAGUAUGAAAUUUUCUAAAACAGUUGGGCACUGUAGGUUUUUGCAAACAUUGCUCAAACAGCAGGAAACAGAGCAUUUGUUGGGGACUAUUUUCAGGGGCGGAUUGUUACACAUUUGCCUUACUGUAGUAUUUUCAGCAGCGGAAUGAUUUUUUAUUAGAUUUUAAGGAACAAUGGAGCUCUAUGGCAGAGCGAUAAGAUAUAUCAGGCUUACACACACAACACUUGUUACCAAGAUCAAUUUGGUUUUGUUUUUUAAAUGGGUUUUGUUAAUAACAGGAAACACAGAAUAACACCAGAUUUACCUUUAAAUGUGAGCACAAUGUGAACCAUUUGAAAAACAUACUGUACACAUGUAAUGAGAUAUUCCUUUGGUCAGACUUUAUAUUUGAUUGUUCCUCUUAAUGCCAGACAUCAGUGUCCAUGUCUUACUGCCACAUUGUAGCUGUAAAUACACUGUAUGUAAAUGACUUCCUCAUUCCUCCACAAAGUCAACCAAUCACAGCAUCACUUACUCCAUUCUUUUUUUCGGGCCACUGAAAAGCCAAAAAAACUGGCUGGAGUUGACCAAAAACAUUUUACCACUAGGAGCUUCUCUCUAAUGUUGAAGCUACAGAUAUUCAACAAAUAUAAAAUACUGCAGUCGUGCAAAAUAUAAAAAAUAAAUGAAUGAACCGAGGCAUGUUUACCGGGACACUUAGCUUGCUCAGGCUACAAAUGUAGGAGAUACAGAUAACACUGAAAGCUUCAUUUGUAACCACAGUGUGGCAUCCCGUGCUGAAAGCCUGUUGACUCACCGGCUUUGUUUACAUCUUUUAUUUAUCAGAUUAAUGCAUCACCAAUUGGCAUCCCAUAUUCCAAUAUUAAAGCUUAAUUGUCUUUAUCAGGACUAUUUCCCUCCUGUUUUCUGCUGACCGUUAGUCCUGCUGCCUGCAAUAAAGUGAUCUGACCUUGUAUCUACAUUAACAUCAGUGCUUUAGCGUUAGCAUUAGAGUUGAAAUCAAUGUGUGAUUUUCAUUAAUUUAUACAGUAGCAGGACAUAGUGUGAAAAUCUAGCGAGUUAACUUUCAGAUUUUGAUGAAGUUGGAACAUGUGUAUAUAUAUGUGUGUUGUUAUUGUCAAAAUGUUUUUGUUUUUUACUCUGUAGAGGUAGGUUUUGUAUGACGCACACUAAAUGACUUAAGAUUUUCUCUCACCAAGUCCUGAUCAAGAUGUAGUUCCAGUGUUCUGCCUGUAGAGGUCAAAGUGUCUGAUGUUUAGAUUGUGAAAGCAGUGGUAGUUUUCCUGAUGUCUGAUUCUGAUUACUGUUCAAACAAAACUUGAGCUUCUGAGGAAAGAGAACGUUUAUACUGACUGACUGGUGCUCACUGAAUAAAUAUGUCUUAUGUUGUUUUUUUUAAUGUGGUGACUUGUUUAUUGUCCUUUACUGAAUGCCACUGAAGUCAAUAUGAAAAAACUACAUAUGGCUAUGAAAUAACUUUGAAAUAAAUAAAUGAGAGAAUAAAUAU